AUGGACUUUGGAUCAUUUGAGCAAACACAGCAACAAAGAGCCUUGCCAGGCCGUGCGGUGUUUUCUCGUCAAGUUGGAGGCAAAGCUUAUGGUUCUCAUUUCAGUGGGACCAGAGCUGCCAGGGAGCGACAGGUGGAUAAUUUCAAUGGGAGAUCAGACUUUCUUGGCACAGGAGAGAGAAUAUUUGAAUAUAACAACUUGGGAGAACCCUUUGGGGAGAAGUCAGUUCUUAAUAUAACUCAGAGAACACACAUAGGAGGCAAAGUCUAUCAAUGUAAUGAAUGUGGAAAAACAUUCUGCAAAGAGUCAAAACUCACCAAACAUCAGAAAACACAUACAAGAGAGAAACCCUAUGAAUGUAAGGAAUGUGGGAAAUGCUUCUCUCGCAAAUCUCUCCUCAGUAUACAUCAGCGAGGCCACACAGGAGAGAAACCUUAUGAAUGUAAGGAGUGUGGGAAAUGCUUCUCUAGAAGUUCACACCUCAUAAUUCAUCAGAGAACUCACACAGGAGAGAAGCCCGAUGGAUGUAAUCAGUGUGGGAAGUCAUUUUCUGAGAAAUCAGUUCUCACAGUACAUCAGAGAAUACACACAGGGGAGAAACCUUAUAAGGGUAGUGCAUGUGGGAAGUCCUUCUAUCAUAAGUCAGAUCUCACUAAGCAUCAGAGAACACAUACAAGAGAGAAACCCUGUGAAUGUAAUCAUUGUGGGAAAACGUUCAGUUGCAACUCGGGCCUCAAAGUACAUCAGAGAAGACACAUAAGAGAGAAACCCUGUGAAUGUAUUGAGAGUGAGAAAACCUCCAAGAAAUCAGUUAUCACGGUACAUCCAAGGUUACAUACAGGGGAAGAAAAUUUAUAA